ACUCCCAAGGUCCAAAAUCUAGUAAGCUUCGCGUAAACGUGAAGGGAAAAAACAUUUGGUGGAAAUACAACUAAUUAAAAAAAUAAAAAUUGGUUGAAGGAACUUGCAAUACAUAAACAUUGAAAAUUCUCUCUUCAACUUGGUGGCGGCGGCGGCGAAGGAUACGGCGGAGUUGGUGGUGCUACUGGUGGUUGCCGGUUACGUAGCAACUCUUUAUUAAGGGAAAAAAUCUAAUGUUUACCCACCAGAUUUUCGCCGGAGAAGAUGGCCGGAGUAGCCGUGUUGAUCUGAUCUGAUUCUACCGAUUUUUUGACGCAAAUAUUGUAUUUGUUCAUACCCAAUUUUCAGAGGAUUCAUAUAGCCGGCCUUGACUUUGUUUGGAAUUAAGGCGUAAUGGAUGAUGGAGUGACACAAUAUAACACAUCUCUAGCUUACGAGGGCAUGACUCUAAAUAGGAAGAUUUGGAGGUUGAGUAUUAGGAUAGGAAGGAAAGGUCUUGUUGAUGUGAUCAAUAGAGAUGUCAUUCAAGAGCAUUGUCCGAGAGCUGAAGGAAAUGAAAAAUGGGAUAGGGAGUAUAUCAAGGAGAAGAGAAGUAGAAGGAAGGCAUUGGCGAAACAGAACUCGGUCACAUAUAGCUCCUGAUGUGGUUCCUUUUGAUCCCAAUCAACAAGGGCAAUGGGCAAAUAUACCACCAGAACUGCUUUUGGAUAUUGUCCACAGGGUUGAAGAGAGUGAGACAUCAUUUCCUGCUCGGACAGCAGUAGUCUAUUGUGCAUCUGUUUGCAAGUCGUGGAGGGAAGUUACGAAAGAGAUUGUCAAGACUCCUGAAGAAUGUGGUAGGCUUACAUUCCCCAUUUCACUAAAGCAGCCAGGUCCCCGUGAAUCCCCAAUUCAUUGCUUUAUCAAACGGGACAUAGCUAAUUCAGUUUUUCGCCUCUACUUUGGUUUGACUCCAUCUGAGGAUGUGAGUGAUAAACUAUUGCUGGCUGCCAAAAGGAUCAGAAGGGCAACAAGCACAGACUUCGUAAUUUCAUUGGUUUCAGAUGAUUUUUCUCGAGCUAGCAGUACAUAUGUCGGCAAACUGAGAUCCAACUUUCUUGGAACCAAGUUCACCAUAUAUGAUAGCCAACCUCCAAGUGAUGUAGCGAUUCAACAUCGUGGUAGACUUAGUCGACGAUUCAGUGCUAAGCAAGUAUCCCCAACAGUAUCUGCAUGCAACUACAGUAUAGCCACCGUUUCCUAUGAACUCAAUGUUCUCCGUACAAGGGGACCUAGGAGAAUGCAUUGUGCCAUGCAUUCCAUCCCUUUCUCCUCUAUCCAAGAGGGAGGCAGUGCUCCAACGCCUACAUCAUUCCCACAAUCUUUUGAUGAGAGGCCUUCAAAAGCAAAAGUGCCAGCUGUAAAUAUCAGCUCAUCGGUGUCAGUGCCUUCUCGAGAGCCACUUGUGCUUAAAAACAAGGCCCCUCGAUGGCAUGAACAAUUGCAGUGCUGGUGCCUAAAUUUCAAAGGCCGCGUUACAGUGGCAUCCGUGAAAAACUUUCAGCUAGCGGCAGCAGUUGAUCCAUCUCACAAUAUACCCGCUGCAGUACAAGAAACAACAAUUUUGCAAUUUGGGAAAAUUGGAAAAGAUAUCUUCACCAUGGAUUACUGCUACCCGCUCUCUGCCUUUCAAGCUUUUGCAAUAUGCUUGAGCAGCUUUGACACAAAACCAGCGUGUGAAUGAUUUCGUGCUCAGAUUGUAAAUCAUGAUGUUAUGAAUUAAUGUUUAGUCAAUCUGAGAAGUUCUAAAUGCAAGGCAAUAUUUAUCAAUGAGAAUAUCAGUAUGUAACUAAUAUUAACUGCUGCUAAGAUAGAAGCAACUGUUUUGUGAGUUCUAUGAUUCAAUACUAAAUAUCUAUUUAGA